UCAAAAGUUGCUGUCCGAAAUUGAUCAGUGAAUGAUAUUUGUUCGAUUUUUAGCAGUCUUCGAACUGUCCAUUGUGUUUUAAUUGUGAUCUUCCAAGUAUAUAGUAAACAAAGACUUUAUAAGCACAUCACGAUGGCUUCAGAAUUAUUAGCAGAAACUACGGGUGAAGUCCGUGAGAAUUUGGUAAUUGUGACCACAGCUGUGAAAUUUCUAUCCAAUCCGAAUGUCCAGAGAUGCACAAUGGAGAGUAAAGAGAGAUUUCUACGCAGCAAGGGAUUGACGGAUGUUGAGAUACACAAAGCCAUAGAGAAAUGUGCGGACAUGAUAGAUGCACCUACAUUGGCCUCUGAGCUGCUGAUGUUCCAGCACUCCAAGAGGUCAUGGUUCAGAAAUAGAAUAUUACCUGUUAUCAUCUAUGGUAGUGUUAUCUAUGGCUGCUAUUGGCUUUAUAAGAAUUGUCUGAGGCAACUGCUAUUUAUUGAACAACCCAAGAGGAAGACAACAGUGGAAUGUUUGGACGAGCUCCGGAAAUCUUUAGACCUAAUGAACAGCAGCAUCUCAUCAUUACGGACGGAGUUGCAGACCACCGCCCAGCAGAAUGUCCUCAGGUCACAGUUAGACAACUUAAAAGCAGAUAUAGCUUCAGUGAAAGGGAUAUUAUUAAAUAGAAAUCAGUUUCCAACGCUCAAAACGCGCACCGAACCGCCGUCCAUACCGGCGUGGCAGAGACAAUCUGAAGAAGCAUCUUCCACCGAAGUAGUUGAGGAGAAGAAGAAGCCACAUAGAAGUCGCAGCCAGCGCUCAGAGUCCGGGGGCUCUAAUUCGAGCGAGGGAGAGCAGGCGACUAAAAACAGCGACAGCAGCUUGGAGAUCAUAACAUGAAGACUAGUCUUUAGAAGAAG